AUGCCACCCCCCUUCGACAUCUUCGAAGGUCCCAGAGACCGCGUGUACAUCGUCAUGGACAAGCUGGGACCACACUGGCUGGUAGCCCCGCAUACAGUCGAGGGCCAGACGAUGCCGGUCCAGUAUUUCUUGCAAUAUGUAACGCGUAUGCUGCAGAAUCUUGUACGCUUGCAUGCAGCAGGGGUGGCCCAUCUAGAUAUUCGACCUCAUAACAUUAUGCUCGAUAGGAGUGGGCUCCCGCUUUUCAUCGACUUUGGAGAGAGCCUUGUAGUCCAUGACGACGCACAUGCACGGCUGUGCACAGUGCCCCUUCCUGGAUCAAGGCUUAUUACCGACACUUACCAGAUCGGGUACCAUGCGCCCCAGCGGGAGUCUGGGGAGCUCUUCGACGGCCGUGCCGACGAUGUUCACGGAGUGGGACUCUUUCUAGAGCAAUACUUCUUCGCUUCUCCCACACAGAGGGUAUUUUUUCCCCAAAGAAUCCAAAAGUGA